AUGCAUUACAAAUUCGCCCAUAUUCUUGUAGUGACAUUCGUCUGCCAUGUCCAAGGUGCUAGGAUCCUCGGUCUCUUCUCGCAUUUCGGUAAAAGUCAUCAUAUGGUCUUCGAGCCGCUGCUGAAGACGCUAGCGGAACGUGGACACCAUCUCACUGUCGCGACUUUAUUCCCCCUGGAAAAUCCACCACUAAAUUACACUCAAUUGAGCUUCGCUGGCUUGACAAACGCGGGUUUGGAAGUCUUAGAUUUGAAAAUGUACGAGAACCCGAACUUCAAGUACCGAUUACCAAUAAUCGGAGAUAUUUGGAAGCAAGCUGAUGAAUUAAAACCUAUCGUUGGGUGGGCCUUGUCUAUGUGCGACAAAUUGAAGGACUGGCCGCCGCUGGUGAAACUGUUAGAGAUGGAUUAUGAUCUAGUCAUCGUAGAGAAUUUUAACAGCGACUGCAUGCUCGGUCUCCUGCAUAUUUUUGACAUAAAAGCUCCCGUCGUAGCGCUAUCUUCAUGCAACGCUAUGCCGUGGUCUGCUGAACGGUUGGGUUUCGUGGAUAACCCUUCGUAUGUGCCUGUCGUAACCUCGCCUUGGUCCGCCCCGAUGACAUACGUGAAAAGGUUCCAAAAUUCAUUUUUAAACAUAUAUCUUCAGUAUAUUUUUCGAUACAAUAUCCAGGAGAAAGAAAGAGAGAUGAUCGAGUCGCAUUAUGGGAGGACAGUGCCGUUACACGAUCUAUCGAAGAAUUUAUCCCUCUUCUUAGUGAAUACGUUUCAUGCUCUAAAUGGUGUUCGGCCGUCUGUGCCUGGUCGUGUUGAGGUCGGUGGGAUGCACCUCGAUGAUAAUAGGAAACAUAUACCAGAGUAUCUGGAAAUCAGUGCUGGCUCGCGUCGCUACAACACGCAGUGUUCCGCGCGCCAUACAGCUGGGAACAUGCGUUCCACACUCGUAAUAUUCGCGGUCAUUGCGCUACACAAUGUCCAGGCUGCGAGAAUUCUCGGCCUCUUCCCCCACACGGGUAAGAGUCAUCAGAUGGUCUUCGAGCCGCUGCUAAAAAAACUCGCGGAACGGGGUCACCAAGUUACCGUCGCUUCGUUCUUUCCCCUCAAGAAUCCACCCUCUAACUACACCGACGUCAGCUUUGAGGGUAUCGCUGGAUUGGGCGUGGAAACUUUCAGCUUGACGUGGCUAGAGAACCCUGGACUAUUGUUCAGCGUGCCAAUUAUGGGUGAUCUCUUAGCGCAAAUUGGAGGGUUCACACCUCUCGCUGGAAUGGCGCUAAACGUAUGUAGCAAGGCCCUGGAUUGGCCUCCCCUCGUUGACGCUCUCAAAUUGGACUAUGAUGUCGUUUUGGUAGAAAACUUUAACAGUGAUUGCAUGCUUGGAUUGCUGCAUAUUUACGGUGUUAAGGCGCCGGUUGUUGCAUUAUCUUCGUCGAGUGCAGUGCCGUGGGCCGCGGAGCGUAUCGGGUUCGUCGAUAACCCGUCAUACUUGCCGGUGAUUAGUUCACAUUGGACACACCCGAUGACGUUCCUAGAGAAGCUGAAGAAUACCUUUAUGAACGUGUUCUUUAAGGUGUGGUUCCACUACGAGGUACACGAGAAAGAGAGGGAGAUGCUGGAGAAACAUUACGGUAGGAAAGUGCCAUUGGAUCAGCUGUCGAAAAAUUUCACUUUGUUGAUGGUGAACACUUUUCAUCCCUUGAACGGGGUGCGACCGUCUGUGCCAGGUUUAAUCGAAGUAGGGGGAAUGCACCUCGACAACUCCAGGCAACACAUUCCGCAUUAUAUCGAACGAUUCCUCAACGAGUCCGAACAUGGCGUGGUGAUCUUCAGCUUCGGUUCCCUUAUCAAGACAGCAACGAUACCCAAAUAUAAGGAGGAGAUAAUUACUAGCGCUCUAUCCAAGUUGAAGCAAAGAGUGAUAUGGAAGUAUGAAGAUAGUGCUGAAGAAGGAACCCUUACGGGAAAUAUAUUGAGAGUGAGAUGGCUGCCACAGUACGAGCUAUUACGGCAUAAAAAGGUGGUGGCCUUCUUAGCACACGGAGGUCUCCUUGGUAUGACUGAAGCUGUCUCCGCUGGUAAGCCUAUGGUUGUGGUGCCGUUCUUCGGAGACCAGCCCUCGAAUGGCGCGGCGGCUGAAGCGGCUGGGUUGGCGAAGGUUGUCUCUUACAGCGAUCUGACUGAAGACUCUCUGAGUGCCGCGCUAGAGAAAGUCCUUAGUGCAGAAAUGCGUCUGCAGGCGCGACAGCUAUCGAAAAUCUGGAACGACAGACAGAACCCGCCCCUGGAUACCGCUGUCUACUGGGUAGAGCGCGUGAUACGCUGGGGUCCAGCAGCCAAGCUUCAUUCACCAGCUAGGGACAUGCCAUUCUACCAAGUGGCGUUACUUGAUGUUGCAGCAGCUUACAUAGCACUGGUGCUAACUAUGAUAGCAUUGAUGUGGUUCACCAUUUCCAGGAUAUCAAGGCUCUUCAUCAGGGAAGGGAAACAGAAGAUACAUUAG